AUUAACGUCGCUUCCUCCUCUUUCCUGCGUUAUAAAAGCAUAGCGUGUGCACACCUCGCUGUUCACCUGAUUUGAUCGCUGGCUGAAAAUGGACGCUCUCACCGUGCUGCCAUCCAGCUUUGGAUAUGUCAUCUUCACGUUCCUGUACAGCUGGAUCAUGCUGGGCUAUUUGGCAGUUAAGGUUGGGGGAGCCAGAAAGAAGUACAACGUGAAAUAUCCCACCAUGUACAGCGACAAGGAGCAAGUCUUUAACUGCAUCCAGAGAGCGCAUCAGAACACCCUGGAAGUGUACCCUCAGUGGCUGGUUUUCCAGACCAUCGCAGCUCUUGUUUACCCGCUGUCAGCAUCUGUCCUGGGGGUUAUUUGGGUGACCAGCAGGUUUUCCUAUGCCUGGGGCUACUACACAGGAGAUCCAGCCAAGAGGAUGAACGGUGCCUACGGCUACAUCGGCUACUUCGGAGUCAUCAUUCUCUCCAUAUCUGUUGCCCUGCAGCUGCUCGGCUUCCUCUAAGAUGACUGUCAUCUUGUGUUUGCCCAUCUGACUGAAGAAUCUGCUCAUUUAUAGUGAACAAUAUUGCAUUUUAACAAAACCAUGCUAUAAACUGUCUGUAUACCACUUAAAACCUUUUUUUAUGAACCACUAACCUGAUAUUCUGAUAUUUUUGUGACUAUAUACUCCAUGUAAUCAAAAUUCUGCAAUAGUCAUCAAUAAAGUAGAUGCUGUCUGAUGGUGCAGCCUUAAAUGGAUUCUGCGUGCACUCAGGUAGUACAGAUUAUGGUCACCGAGAGGGUCAGAGGCAGCAGGGCUAAAGAGCCUGUCAUGUGACUCACACAUGAGGUAUCAGGCGCAAAUCCCCCAUCUGUUCGAGCCUAUAGUCAGUGGCUUCUAGAUGAUCUACGUCCUGAGAAACAAGGCAAGAAAAUACUGUAGAAAUCUGUUUUCUUUCACAUCUGAUACACAAAAAGUGUGAACUUUAUCCAGUUUUUGAACUGAACCCCUUUAUUAGAAUCAAUCCAAACAUGGUACUGUGGAAACAAAAUAAAUUUCAGUCACUUCUGC